AUUAAUUCGCAUGGGCUCGCAAGCAUGCAGACGCAGGUGAAUGUCGUGUAAUAUUAUUGAAUAAUUAUAUGAUACAAUCCAAUUUUGUCGCUUCGAUUCCGAUCGAUCCGAACAACGGAUUGAUUGUUUUCGAGGACAGACACGAGGACUACUUCGAGGCCGCCACGACUAUAGAUAACGCGCAGCAACAACAACAACAGGGAAAAAGCUCGCGGAGGAACAGUAAUAAUGGCGCGAUCCGCCAACCCGUGGACGGCAAAAAAUCUUGCUCCGCUACCGCCACUACCACCACCACUACCACCAUGGAUGAUUAUGUCCUUGUGAGAAAUAUCCCUGAGCUCAAUCUGCCCGAGAAGAUUGUUCUCGUUAUCGAUACGGUACGAGAACAGCAAUGCACGCCUUUUAAACUUGGCACGGGUGCGACAUUCUCGCCACUGUUCAUGACAAAACGCGUGGUCGAGAGCUUCGUCUGCGCAAAGUCCACAAUACAGCCCGGUGUACACGAGUACGCACUGAUGAGUCUGGAUUCGCAGGGUGCGUCCUGGCUCUGCGACUAUACCAAUAACAUUAAGACGGUGGUCAAUCAUUUGGAGAGUAUCGCGGAGGACGUGCUGGAUGAGGAUCAGAGGACCUACGAUCUGGGACAGCUGUUCGAGGCGAUACACGCGCGAAUAGCGACUCCGGCGACGAAUCGGCCGACGUUCGUCUCGCGCGUGAUCCUGAUAUACGGACGAUCGAAUUCUAUACCCAAGUUUCGCACUGGCCAGAAGUAUCUGGAGAACUUGACGGAGAAUCCGUAUUUCUUUUUGGACGUAUUGUUCGUUCACGAACCACCCAGCGAUGACAAUAUGUGCGAGGCGGUGUACGCCGAAAUAGCGGCUCUGGACACAACAAAUUAUUCUUAUAUUUUUGAAGUAGGCAGAAAUCCAGCUAAGCUACAUGAUAAUAUGGCAAAACUCUUGGCGCAUCCGCUGCAGCGUCCAUUGCAAAAAGAUGCUUGUUAUACUUUUAUUUCAAACGCACAGGAAGUGCAUACUAAUGUAUAGAAUGCUGUGUACACAUUAGCAUUAUUUAUUUUCAUUGAAAGGACAUCUUGGUUGCUGUGACUUCUAUUACAUUAUCGCAUCUCAAACAAAGAUUUCAAAAUUUAACGAUACAACGCUUUGCCGUUAAGUUAAAUGGAUGGAAAGCUUCUUUCGAAUGAAGAUGCGUCCGCAGAUUUGACAGAAAAAAGGUCCCGGAAUACACUCGUUGAUGCCUGAUAAGAUUAGACACAUAUGAGAACUUCUGUUGACAUUUGUUACAUGUGUAAGGCUACUCGUCGGUAUGCUUGUUGAGAUGUGUGAUUGAAUGCCUUUUGACAGAAGUCGCACGUUAAUUGACGUUGUUUUCUUCUGGUCCCUCUAACAUUUUAACGCGUUCUCCGAUGCUUCCUUUGAUUCCAACGUCAAUUUUCGCGGGUUUUUCAGAUUGCGUAUUCCGAUGAGAAAUGACAUGAUUAACAUGGAUUAUAUUUUGCAUUCAAAGAAUUUCGUUGACUUGUGACUUAUUUGUCAUUUCUACUGUAUGCUAGUUGAGAUAUUUUGACUAGUAAAUCCUGUUGAAAUAUUUGUGUGAACUUUAACGAUUAUUCUUUUGAAAGAUAUGCAAAUCAGCAAAAUUCUUCUUGGGAAGAAUUUCGAGUUUAGUGAUACAAGAGAACAAACUGUGUUCAAAACUUAGUAGUACAGAUAAAGUACAGAUAUAAAAGAAAUGAACUGAUGUUGUUUCUUUUCUAUAAGAUAUGUAAUUAGAUUUAAUAUGUGUGUAAAUUAUCAACGAUUUUCCUAAAUGCAUCUCAAAGUCACAAAUAUAUUCACUUAUUAGUAUAUAAGAUAUUUUUUAUGGCUUUUAGAAGUAACUACGAUAUGUGAUAUUAUUUACAAAUUAUUCUUGAAAAAUAUAAUGAUAAGUAAUAUUGUAAAUGUUACAAAGAUAUAUAUGUGUGCGCGCGCGCGCGCGUGUGUGUGUGUGUGUGUGUGUGUAUAUUACAAUAGGAUGCAAUAAAUUUCUUUGUCACGCGGUUCUGUAUCUAUUGUAACAUUUAUUUUCAUCAUAAAAAAAGAGAUAGAUAAAACAUUUGUUAAAAAUUUCAUUCAUAACUUGUAGAGGAGAAAAAAUUUUAAUUUAAAUUUAUUUUGUUCUUUUUUUAUACUUAUGGCUUUUAGCGUGAUAUAUGUGUAGUUUAUUCGACGUCAAAAUUAAUAUCGAAAUUCGAAUAUAUUCGACAUCGAAAAGUGUAUAAAUGACGUUUUCGACUGCAGUUUCAACAUCAUUUAAAAUCGAUUCAAGUAAUGAAUCCUGUCUCAAAUAUAUAUAGAUUUUUUCUCCUCAAACAUUUAUAAUAAUUUGUACAGCGAUCAUUUGUUAAAACUGAGGAAUGAAUUGUAAAAAUAAUUUUUAUUAUAUGUAAAUAAGAAAAGAAAAUAAAGUUGGAGUUUUUA